AUGUUGGCGGCAGUGAAAGAAUACGUUGCUUUCCAUCCCCAGGCUAAUGGGAUGAUUGAACGCACCAACCGAGUGGUGAAGAAUGCCUUGGCAACACUUUUGGAAGCAUCUCCCUUAGAAUGGGAUGAACUUUUGCCAUAUGUUCGUUUUGCCAUGGACAGUGCAAUACACCGCUCAGUGGGUGAUCAACCUCUCUACUUGCUGACUGGACAUGUUGGCACCUAUCCUGUUGGCAAUAGCAAUUAUGAGGAGACUGAUCAUGAAGCAGCACAGUCUUUUGCUGCUAGGUUAAGGAGGGCUAGAUUGCCGUUGAGACGUCAGUGCAGGCCAGAGAAGGUUGGGCCCGGGAUUAUAAUCGGCGAACCCGAAAGUCCACCUUUGCUGCUGAGGUCGGUGAUUUAG